CGGGGGAGUAAUGGCGGAGGGGUGGUCAGAAAGUGUCGCACGUCGGAGGCGGAUCCUUUGCAGUGUGCCCAAGAAUGCUUGGCCCCUCUGGAUUAUUACAGCAAUUUCCUUCAUGAAACCUUUUUAAUCUCAUUUAAAAGCUACUCUGCCUUUUUACUUAUUGCUGUGGUGAUUGGUUGCAGAGAACUUCAUCCACGGAGCUUGCAAAUGGGGACAUAGCUGCUAUUACUCGCAUGACCUGUCUUUGCAGAAAUCAUCCCAGAUCUGUAGGCACUAUUUAAAUGGAUUUUGCUUCUAUGGAGACCGUUGCAGAUAUCAACACAUACGACCAACUGCAGGAUGGUCACCUGGGAGCAGACGUGGUUCUGAGCCUGCCCUUCAGCUGAGGAGGACUGGAGAACCAUCUCGGACUUUCCAUGAAAUGGAAUCUAGACACCGCACUGGAGGAUAUGAACCCAAAAACAGGCGUAGUUCUGCUCCUACUAUUCAGCGAAUGGCAGCUGGAUUUUCUCAACCUUCCCGUACUGUCCACUCAACUGCUCAAUUGGCCUCUUGGAGUCGACGUGGUUCUGAACCUACUGUCUCAAGUUCCACGCACUUGAGAAAUACUGAGUGCUUUGGCAGGCAGCUGGGGGAAGAAGCCAAAGACGAUAAGGAAAAUGAAACUCCUUCGAAAUGGGAACUUGGUGAAGAAUUUUUACCGUGGAAGAUUCAAGAGCGUGACUAUUCAUCAACAUCGCAGGCAGCGGGUUCUUCUCACUGUAUGUGCCAGAAACCGAACAGUGGAGUCAACCAGGUACCUCAGAAUGAUCCGAAGGAUUCUUUGGCUUCUCAAUCUACUAUGAAGAAAAAGUUGGCUACAAACCAGGCCUUCGAAAUGAGUAAAGAUAUUAUUUGUGGAAUAUGCAUGGAUAAAGUCUAUGAAAAAACACCAGCUAAAGACCGAUGUUUUGCAAUUCUUCCUGACUGCAAUCAUGCUUUCUGUGUGACCUGUAUCAAGAAAUGGCGACACAGCAAGGGGUUUACCAAUAAUAUAAUAAAAGCAUGUCCUGAAUGUAGAGUAGUGUCCAGUUACUACAUACCACACAGAUAUUGGGUAGUUGAUGAACAGAAACAGGAGCUCAUUGACAAGUUCAAAGCUGAGAAAAGAAAAAUAAGAUGCAAGUUUUUUCUGCAAAGCAAUGGCAAAUGUCCUUUUAAAUCUGAAUGCAUAUACUUGCAUGAGUUUCCAGAGGGAUAUCGGCCAACUCGGCAUCAGCCAAGAAAGCGAAACAAUCAUCCUUCAUUUGGACUUGCAUGGAACAACUAUGAUGAUUACGAUGAGGAUGAUGACUUUGAUCGUACCCUUCACCUUUUUGGUGUGCUUUCCCUUGAUUCUUUUUUAGAGAAUGCGGACUUUCAUUAUGAAUUCUUUGAUUCAGAUCUGUCUGAUUUUAGUCUAGAUUAUGAUUUUGAUUCUUCUUCAGAUGAUGAUGAUUAAUGGUGCAAUCAAAGCCUUGUAAGACUGGUGCAGUGCUACUGCAUGUGGCAGCUGAAAAUUUAAUGGCAUUAGUUUAUCCUACCUUUUUGGCAGUGCUGUUGUAGAUAGCAGGCUAAGCCAUAGUUAGAUAUUGUAACAGGUCUAUUUACACUGGUCUAUUGUGUUAGUAAGUUUGAUUUCUCAGUGUAGUGACACUGCAAUCUAUUAUUCUACCUUGUUUAAAACCUGCAGUUACUCAGCAAUUCAAGCCCUUUAGGUUAAAGACUUAACACUUGUGAAUUGAGUAGCACAUGUGAUAUAUCUCAAAAGAUUGAACAAUUUGUAUUGUGAUUUUCUUAAGAUGAACUGAUUGUGCUGAAUUCCAUGAUCACUGCUGGGAUAAUGUUCACUCGUUCACUGGGGAAUUGUCUAUUUCACCAAACCUUGUAAAUAUGUGCCAGCAGGUUAACUGACCUGUAUGCUGUAGUGAUACAGAGUUACUACACCAAAGUUUUAGAGCUGAAUAAUGUAGAUUUGGAAUAGCUACAAUUUUGCUUCCUUUAUAGGGAGGAAAUGGACAUUUAUCAUAAGAAUCAAUGGCAGUUUAACAUUUUUGUAACCUGAUCAAUAAUGAGCAAUUAAUAAAAUUAAUGAGGGUAUUUUUAAAAAUUUGUACUAAAAUGUCAAAAUAAAACAAUUUGUGAAUAGG